AUGUUACUUAUUCCCCCAGAUCCCCAGAUCACUAGCCGUAGGUUCAGUCCACCGCUCCAUGGUAAGACCAGAGAUGGGACAGUGGGAGUGACAGCUCAGCAUGAGGAGAGUGGCCCCCAGAGUACAGGGGACAUUCCUGCUGAGUUCAGGCCCACCGACAGCCCCAACUUUCUGGUGUCAAGCCUCCCCGCACACUGGCGUUGCAACAAGACUCUGCCACGUGCCUUCACGGUGGUUGCCCUGGGUGAUGUAAGUGACGGUGUUCUAGUCACGGUGAUGGCAGGGAAUGAUGAGAACUGUUCAGCUGAGCUUCGGAACGCCACCACGCUGAUGACAUCACACACAGCACGCUUCAAUGACCUCCGCUUUGUAGGACGCAGUGGGAGAGGUAAAAGCUUUAAUCUGACCAUAACCGUGUUCACCAGUCCUCCCCAGGUGGCCACGUACCACAGAGCUAUCAAAGUUACUGUAGACGGACCUAGAGAGCCACGCCGUCACAGGCAGAAGCUAGAGGUGGGUCCAAAAACAGGGCUUUUCAGGGUUGCCAUGCCGAUGCAGAGUCUCCGCCCCCUCAACAACAUCACCAACCCUCCAACAAGAGGUGUGUGUGAGCUGGCUGCUGGGUUUGAUCGCCCGUUUCCCCCCCUCUCCUCAUUCUCAUCCACUCCCAGAAUGCACUUCUCGUCCUUCCCUUACUCCGUCACCCCCCCUCCACCACCGUACCUCCCCCCACCUUUCCCCACACUCACCCCCCAUUCCCACAGUGGACUCUUCCAGCCCAGCAGCAGCCCCAUCCUCUACUAUGGAGCCUCUGCUGGGACCAACCACUACAUCUCACUGCCAGAGGGGGACAGGACAAACCACUUUACCUCUGGGCCGGGAGGAGACCAGGCCCCCACUGCCGCGCUGGCCAAUCAAACAGAGGGUAGGGGGGAGGAGCCUGUGUGGAGGCCAUAUUGACUUGGACAGGAUGGUGCAAUCAAUCAAUCAAGAAUCAAUCAAUCAAGAAUCAAUCAAAACCUGAUGGUUAGUGCUUUACGCCUGUGUCUUUACAUUUAUAUUUGUUCCCAUUAAUAAUACUAAGAUGCACCACGUAGCUCUAUGUGUGUGUUUUAUGAACUCGUAC